CCGCCCGCGCGCGCGGAAACGCCCCUCUCCUCGCGCGAGGAGUCGCGCGCGUCCGUUCCGUCGCGGCGGCCGGCGUCGUUCCCUCGCGCCCGCGACCGCGGACGACGGAUCGAUCGCGUCGCCGCGUCCUCGGUCGUCGCGCGAUCUCGAUUCUCGACUCUCGCGAUCCGAAAGCCGAUCCGCCGAUCGAUUCGGAUCGUCGAGCGGCGACCGCGCGCGCGAUGCCGAUCAAGCACAAGCUGAAGCAAUGGCUCGCGGACAACGACCCCUCCCUGGCGAUUAAACCCGAGCGGGACGCGGCGUCCGCGGCGCGCGCGUCGUCCCCGCCCGGCUCGCCCAAGUCGACGACGCCGCCGCUCCGCGAGAGCCCCGGGCCGAUCGAACGCUCGCCGUCGUCCAGCGCGGUGAACCAGUUCCCGAGCCUGAAGACGAAAAUCUUGGGCCCGAAGCUCGAGCAGCCGGAGUGCGACGUGACCGCGGUAACGGAAAACGUAACGGCCCCGCGCUCGCCGUUUUCGCCGUCGCUCGCCGCGGCGGCGGUGGCGGCGACGGGCAUCGCGGCGUCGAAGCGAAAAUUCACCGAGGACGUCUUCCAACCGGACCCGGCGAGACUGGCGCGCGAGCUGCAGCGCGAGCGCGACGCCGCGAACAAGUCGCCGAAGCCGAAAGCGCCGCGGCCGAGCCCGAAGCCGAAGACGUCGACCUCCUCCGCGGCCGCCGCCCUCGCGGGUAAGAGCGGCGGCGGCGACGGCGACGGCGGAGACGGAGGCGGCGGCGGCGAACCGAGAGAAGAGACGGACGAAGAGGUGGCGCGGCGGCUGCACCAGGAGUUCAACUGCGCGCCGAUGCGCCAAUCGCGGUCGCGCCGCGACGUCUCGAACUGCGCGAGAGAGGUGAUGGAGGACGCGAACCACGGGCAAGACCCGGGGAUCUUGCCGACGAAGGACGUGCCGUUUGGAUUCAUCUGCGGCUACCCCGUCGGCGGCGUCUCGUCGGAGCUCUACGGGUACUACGAGGGCCAGGGCGGGAAGAGCGGACGGCAAGGGCAGGCGGUGAUCGAUGCGAUGAAGCGCUGGGGCGAGAGCAGCGAAGUCGGGGGUUCGAAAGCCACGGAGCUCGGGUUCGCGGUGUGCAAACGCGGGUACAAGCCGUUCGACGAAAACGGCGAGCGGAUGUACGGAUGCGGGAAGCACUCCGAGCUGAGGCUCGAGUCGAUGCGUCAGAAGCCGCCGAAAGGGAGCUCCGUGGGGUGCUUGACCGCGGAGGGUCUGUACGCGCGACCGGGGUGGCAGGCGUUCGAUCAGUGGACGUACGGCGAGAAGAACGCGGUGGCGAGUUCGUCGGAGGACGCGUCGUCGUCCGGCGCCGCCGCCGCCGGCGGCGGCGGCGGCGGUGCGAAAGACGACGAGGGCGAAGCGCCGACGUCGCCGCCGCGCGCGAAGAAGCCGAAGACGACCGCGAAGGAGCCGGGACCGGGACUGGCGAAUUAGAGAGACACGCCAAAGCGCGGCGGCGAGACGCGCGAACGAACGAGAGCGAGCGUUCCUGUUUCCGUUCUGUAUGUUCCGAACGAAAACAGAACGGUGGGCGGAGAGAGACGACGGGCAAAGUCCUUAAGGAUCGGCGUUCACCACGCGAACGGGGUCGUAUGGGAACCAGUCGUCUCUCCGAACGAACGGAACGGAACGGAACCGAACGGAACGGAACGGAACACUCCGCGGGCGCGGACGUAGAACGACGCGUCGCCGGUGACGCCGCGCGCGCUUAAACGCAUGUUGCCAACAUGCGAGGCGCGCGGCCGAUUGCGACGCGUUCACGUACGCGACCCGCGCGUUCUUUGGCGCGUCUGAAGGAGGAGGAGGAGGAAAAAAAUGGAGAAAAAAAUAAAACGUCGCGUCCCUUUGAGGCCGAAAGAAACGAUCGGCGGCGAAGCGACGCGGACGAUAGCACACACAGAACGUGUACGUAGCAGAGAGUUGAUUGCUUGAUCGCGCGCGAUAUUGUAAUUAUUAUCCGAACGAAGUAUUAGAGAGAAGAAAA